AUGUCAAAUUUAAGCAAUCAUUCAUUCUCAUCAUUUCCACUACUAAUCAUUGCAUUAUUCUUUUCAUUUCCCACAUUCAUCGUCACUUUUCAUGCGAAUGCAUAUAGUUUUCAUAAUACAUUUGAAACAAUUCACACUUCAAAAUGUGGAUAUGCUUCGUGUAAUUUAGGCAAACCAGGAUAUCUUAAUAUACAUCUAGUACCGCAUACACAUGAUGAUGUUGGUUGGUUGAAAACUGUUGAUCAAUAUUAUUAUGGAUCAAAUAAUACAAUACAACGUGCUGGUGUUCAAUAUAUAUUAGAUAGUGUUAUACAAGCUUUAGUUGAUGAUCCUCAACGUCGAUUUACUUAUGUUGAAAUGGCAUUUUUUGUCAGAUGGUGGAUAGGACAACCACUAACUAAACGUCAAAUAGUUAAAGAUUUAGUCAAUACAGGACGAUUACAAUUUGCUCUAGGUGGUUGGAGUAUGGCUGAUGAAGCUACAGUCUAUUAUACUGAUGCAAUAGACCAAUUGACACGUGGACGUGAUUUAUUAAAACAAUUAUUUGGUGAAUGUGGUCUGCCAUUAGUUGCUUGGCAAAUUGAUCCAUUUGGACAUGCACGUGAUCAUUCCGACUUGUUUCAAGAUGCUGGUUUCGAUGCUGUCUACUUUCAACGUAUGGAUUUUCGUGAAAAACUAAUACGUAAACGAUUGAAACAAUUAGAAAUUCUAUGGGAUACAAAUGUUGAAUUGAAAAAAUUCGGUAAAGGUUUAUUUACAAGUAUGUUUCAUGAUUCAUAUUGUUAUCCAAAAUCAUUUUGUUUUGAUGAUAAAUGUAUGGAUGAACCAAUUAAAGAUGAUCCUAAUUUAGAAGAUUAUAAUGUCAAAUCAAGAGUUGAUGAUUUUUUAAAUUAUAUUCAUGUUAUAUCAAAAGCUUUCAAAACAAAUCAUAUUAUGGUUUUGAUGGGUUGUGAUUUUACUUAUGAAAAUGCUAAUAUGAAUUAUAAAAAUAUGGAUAAAUUAAUUGCUUAUGUAAAUCAACGUCAAAAAUUGAAUAAUAGUCAAGUGAAUCUACUCUAUUCUACACCAGCAUGUUAUACAAAAGCAGUAAAUGAUGAAUUCACUCGUCUUGGUACAAUUCAUCGUCGUGGUGGUGAUUUCUUUCCAUAUGCUAGUGGACCACAUUCAUAUUGGACUGGUUAUUAUACUAGUCGACCAUCACUGAAAUAUUAUGUACGUCAUGCAUCAAAUUUAUUAUCAAUGUGUGAACAAGUACAUUUACAUGUAGAUCGUCUAGCACAAAUUAAUGAUUAUCAAGCUCAAAUUAAAACAGAUGAAUUAAUUGACACAUUAAGACGAACACUCGGUGUACUACAACAUCAUGAUGCUGUGUCUGGUACAGAAAAACAACAUGUCGCUGAUGAUUAUGCAUGGCGAUUAAGCAAAGCAUCAACAUCGUGUCAUCGAUUAAUUAACCAGUCAUUAAUUAAAUUAUUGCCUACACUCAAAUCAUUUAUUGACAAAAAUAAUGUUCUAUUUUGUGAUCUAUUAAAUAUUAGCUUGUGUGAUGCAACAGAACACUUGAAAAUACAAUUCUCUCACUCCAAUCAAAGCGAAGACGGUGAUGAUCGUAAGGCUGAUGAUGGUCUAUUCAUCAUUUUAUAUAAUCCUUUAGGUUGGGAAUUAGCCAAUACAUGGAUACGUUUACCAGUUUAUAUUCCAGAAUAUUAUUUGAAUAAUAUACAAAUUAUAUUGAAAGAUUUACGUUUAUUACCGUCAUCAUCGUCUUCAUCUUCAUCUUCAUCCUCGUCCAGAUCAUCCACAUUAUUCAAUAAUCCUGUUAGUCAUGCGGAUAAUUUACAAUAUCAAUUAAUACCAAUUACUGAACGUACAUUUAAUAUACCUGAAAGACAUAGUGAAAAACAUUUAGCUAAUUAUGAAAUUGUAUUCAAUGCAAAAUCAUUAUCACCAAUCGGAUUGAAUUUAUUCUAUUUAGCUUUAAAUUAUACAAUUUACCAUGAUCAAGAUUAUAUGAGUGAUGUGUUUAAACAUUUAAAUUUAAAGUAUAUUAGAAAAUCACAAACAAUAAUGACUGACUUUUUGUCAUCAUCAUCAUCAUCAUCGUCAACUCAUUCGACUACUACUGAUAUACAUCAAUCAUUGUCUAAAACGAUUGACUACAGCAUAAAAUUCAAUAAAAAUUCUCAUAAUCCAUUAGUCAUUACAAUGAAACAUUUAAAAUCUGGUGAAAAUAUACAAUUGACAAUUGAAUUAUUAUAUUAUUUCGGUGAAACAACAUAUCCACAACCAUCUGGUGCUUAUAUAUUUUUACCAAAAUAUGGUACAUUCAUACAAAGUUUUUCAAAACCUACAGUGAAUGUCAUAGAAGGAUCAUGUGUUAAAGAAUUUCACGUGACUUAUGCAUCAUGGGCCUCCCUAGUUGUACGCCUUUAUAAUAAUGGGGAAUUAGAGGUAGAAUGGACUGCUGGUCCCAUACCAGAUGAUGGUUAUUUAAACAGUCGUGAGUUGGUAAUACGAUAUACGCUGAACAACAGUAAUACAUUUGUCAAGAAUCCAGGUGAAUUUUUCACUGAUUCAUCUGGUAGACGUUUGAUCAAACGAAUGCGUAACAAAAGAAUCGAUUGGAAUCUGCCCGUGAAUUUUAGUGAAACAGAAAAUGUAGCCGGUAAUUACUAUCCUAUUAUCAACAGAAUUAUGUUAAAAAAUAUUGUAUUACGUAAAUCGAAUGAAAGUGACAUGAAAAGUGAUGAAAUUCCAUUUGGAUUAGCUAUUUAUACAGAUCGUGCUCAAGGUGGAACAAGUUUGAAAGAUGGACAAAUAGAAAUAAUGCUGCAUCGUCGAUUGGUACGUGAUGAUGGUUUCGGUGUAAGUGAAGCAUUGAUGGAGAAUGGAUUGGAUCAUCAAGGCCUUGUUGUACGUGGAAUACUUAAAAUACGAUUUGAUGAAUUGGAAAUUAUUGAAACACAAGACAGAAUAGCUGCUCAAAUGAUUAGUAAACCAGUUAUUCCAUUAUUCAUGCAAGCCAAACACCAACCAAAACCAACUGAAGUCAAUGGUUGGAGUGGAACCAAUGUUGCAUUGCCGAAACACAUUCACUUAUUAAGUUUAACUUCAUGGCCUCUUAACAGAGUUUCAUUGCCUGAUCCUCGAGUACCAAAUCAAAUUCUAAUUCGAUUAGAAAAUUUAGAAACAGUCGAUAAUAAGACAGAAGCUAAUCCAUGCAGUUUAGAUAUAACCAAUUUGAUCAGUGGUAUCAAAGUGAUUGGAAUGAAAGAAGUCACAUUAACAGGUGAUCAGGCUAGAUACCAUUCCGUUGAAGAAUGCAUCGCUCGUUUAUUGAUAAAUAUUUACCGUAUUUUCCGUAAAUCAGAAGAGGAAGCUACCGUUAAAUCAAACAGUUCAACAUUGUUCACACAAAUUCUGUGUGAACAAAUUCUGUGA